AUGGCGUCAACUCCUCGCCCAGAAGAAUAUAUCAUAUCUAAUCAUUGUAUGUUCUUUUCGUAUCAACCAGAGCAAGCGUCUUUUAUUACUAGUCAUCCAUGGGAUAAAGGAAUCACUGUGGCGGGCACGGUAGUUAUAAGAUUGCCACAAGUCACAGAAGUUCAUAAAGUCUUGGUUGAAUUCAAAGGUCGAGAAACUGUAAAAUGGUCGAAACUCGGAAAAGUUUAUUGCGAAAAUAUUAUAGAACGUUCGGAAGUUAUAUGGCAAUCAGAAAAUUUGUGGGGAUAUGAAUUAAAGGACGAACUUAUACUACCAUUUGAAAUUAAAGUACCAGUAGAAAUUCCAGAGUCAUUUGAAACUGGUCAUGGUAACGUCAAAUAUACACUUAAAGCGACGCUCAAUACAAGUAGAGACAUGAAACCGAUACAUAUAGAAGUCCUUGUACCAAUUACUAAAUGGUCGAAACCAUCUGUCGAAGACCUACAACCGUUAACGAUAAAAUCACAAAAUAAAAAUCGUAAAAAUCUCGUCUCUUGGAGAAUCAUCUUACCCAAAACCUCCUGGGAUUUAGGUUCCAAAUUCGACUUCAAAUUACAAAUAGUAGGACACAAUCCCGAACUCAGAGUACAUAAGAUUAACACGUCCCUGAAAAAUUUUAUUCGUUACAAGUUCGAUGGUGAUGAUGACAGCUGGACAUUUAAGAAAGAACAUAGAUGCUUCAAAAGAGUGAUACGUAGUAAAGACAUUAUAAUAUUUCCGGAAGGAACCGAUUGCAUUUUUGAGGCCACAAUCGAGAUGCAAGUGCCUGGCGAUGCAAUACCGACAUUUGAGACUAGAUUUAUGAAGAUAGUCAAUCAACUGCAAGUUAAAGUUUUCUAUGAGAGGUCGG